AUGGAAGGCAGAUUUGUUGGAUAUGUUCCUUCAAUUUCAGAAGUCGUUACAGGAAUUUAUAAUACAAAGUUUUUCACACCAGCAAUGACAAUUAUUACUUUCUUACUUAUUAUUCUCAUUUAUUUGAUGAUUGUUUGGGGUGAAAUUUGGCGUACUUUCCCAACAUGGUUCGUUCGCCUCGGACAAACAUUCAUGUUCAUUAUCCCACUUUGCUACUUCGGCCUAGCAGGUUGCACUCUUGAUACACAGUUCGCAACUCAUAUUUCGUUAACAAUGGUAGGACUUUUCUUAAUUUUACUUCUUAACAUAUUCGUUGUUGCCAUCCUUUGGAAGCGUAUGAAUACAAGUCUUAAGGUUACUCGCUUAGUUUUCCUUAUUAUUUCUAGUUUAACUUAUUUCUUCAUGUUUAUUUCUAGAUUUAUAAUCCCACAUAAGGAAGCAUCAUUAACUGCUUCAUUGGAAUUCAUUUUUGUGAUUUCUAUUUGCGUUUUGAUGCUUUCUUGGACAGUUGAACUCAGAUCUAUUGAUUGCGAGUUCUAUGUUGAAGAUCAAUAA